UACUGGUGUUGGUGAACGUGGUAUUCGACGCAUUGAUAACUUAUGAAUAUACUACAGGGAUUAUGUUGAAGCUGUCAGAACCAGAUCUUGCCAUCAGCUUAGUUUUGAUAAUAUUUACCGGAGCUGGGUUUGGGUGUUCAUUGCUACAAAUAUGGGGAGCGGGAAACGUUUUAAACAACUUUAUUGACAAUCAAUCUCCUGAAAGUCGAUUGCCUUCCAACAAAGUUCACAACCAACCCAAUGUUACCAGUGUUUCCAACUCUUUAAAACCUCAAACCUCAUCAAAGAAAACAGCCCCAAAAAAGAAGUUAUCCCCCCAUAAAGCUUUGCUGUUCCAAGCGUUCAUGGCUUUAUUAUUAGCCAUAAUAUCACCGGCUUAUUUAUACUUGUUGUUUUACUACAUCAUGGGUUGUGUGGUCACAAGCAAUCUGAUUAUUUUCACUAAAGUUAUUCUUGCAGGGUUCGUUCUACCUGUUUCUAUCAUGUAUUUCUCCUUGAAGAGCAUGCAUACUGUGGUAUCUAGUAUGAAAUAUAGGAAGGCUAUUAAACCAUUCAGUACGAUAUUCACUGCACUAACUGCAGCAGCUGCAGCGUAUGGUGUAUGGGUUGGGAGUUUCUGUUGUUACACUUAUAUUCAAGCUAAUGCAUUCCUUCCACCUAUGUGUAACCACAAUGGCGGCAAGACAUUCAUGGUAUGUGGAUUAUAAGGGCUUGUGUUUUAAAUAAAUAUAUAAAUUUCGUAAAGUAUUUAAAGCAUGUUUUGUGUUCUGAGCCAUUCUAUAUGGGUGAGGUUCUAUUUCAUACAUCUUGUGGGGCAACGAUAGUAGUUAUAAACUGGGUGUUCUGUUUCAUACAUCUCGUGACCGCUUACGAGUUACCAUGUAUGUAACUUAUUU